AUGGAUGUAGGGUAUAUACUGGACGUGGAGUCGCAUAUGUUCAGCCUGCGCCGGAGCAAGGCCAACUUCAACCGCACCAUCUCGCUCUUUUCCGGCGCAUUGGCGGCAGUCAAGUGGUUCGACGGCAUCUACAAGUGGAAGAACCCGCUGACUACUAGCCUCGUGCACGUGCUGUUCCUCAUCCUGGUGUGCUACCCGGAGCUAAUCUUGUCGAAGGCGUUCCUGUACAUAUUCCUGAUAGGGGUGUGGAACUACCGGCGGCGGUCGCGGAACCCUCCUCACAUGGACACGGUGUUGUCGCACGCGGAGCAGGCGCAGCCCGAUGAGCUGGACGAGGAGUUUGACAUGUUCUCGACGUCCAAGCCGGGCGAUGUGGUGCGUAUGAGGUACGAUCGGUUGAGGAGUGUCGCCGGCAGGGUGCAGACGGUGGUCGGCGACCUGGCCAUGCAGGGGGAGCGCGCCCAGUCCCUGCUCAGCUGGCGAGACCCUAGGGCCACCGCUAUGUUCAUCACGUUCUCAUUCAUCGUCGCCGUCGUGCUCUACUUGACGCCAUUUCGGGUGGUGGCCGUCAUCGCCGGUCUGUACCUCCUCCGCCACCCCCGGCUCCGGAGCAAGCAGCCGUCGGCGCCCUUCAACUUCUACAAGCGCCUCCCAGCCAAGGGCGAUAUGCUCCUAUGACCAUGCCAUGAAUCUUUCUUGCAUGGAGUUACACAUUUUUUUCAAGUAUAUACAUUCACUACUAUACUACUCCAUGAGAUCCAUCACUCGAUGGAUAUCGGUCACACUUGAUCAAACUUUAUAAAAUUUGAAUUCAGUCAAAACUAAUAUGCAGAAUAAAAAGGAUCGAAGGGAGUAGCAACCAUUCAUGAAUCAUCUUUAGGAAGUGCCCGCUUUAUAGGCCCCUUUUGUUCCUCUAUCUCACACCAGCAGCAAGCAAGGUAGCAUGCAUUAUGUAUCUAGGCUCUCUGUUUCUAAAUAUAAGUCUUA